CGUCGACAGCUAGGGUUUCGAUAUCACAUUCAAUUUACAUAGAGGUUCCUCCGCGCUUGAGAGAGAGACACAAGGCUUCCCAUCUUCUUACUGCUCCGUUGUCUCCGGCUCUCUUCGCUUCUUCUGCUGCCUCCGCGACUUAACAACAUGGCGACCCCGGCGGCAAGAUCGUUUCUUCAGGUGGCGGCGACAGAAGAGGUUGCUUCUCCUCUCAGAGUCGUUCAGAUCGAGGGACUGGUUAUCUUGAAGAUAAUCAAACACUGCAAGGAGUUUUCGCCGGCUUUGGUCACGGGGCAACUUCUUGGGUUAGAUGUUGGCAGCGUUCUCGAAGUUACCAAUUGUUUCCCCUUCCCGGUUAGAGAGGAGGAUGAAGAAAUUGAAGCCGAUGGUGCCAAUUACCAGCUUGAGAUGAUGAGAUGUUUGAGAGAGGUUAAUGUUGACAACAACACUGUUGGAUGGUACCAGUCUACGUUGUUGGGUUCUUUUCAAACAGUGGAGCUGAUUGAGACAUUCAUGAACUACCAGGAAAAUAUUAGACGUUGUGUGUGCAUAAUUUAUGAUCCAUUGAAGUCCAAUCAAGGUGUUUUAGCACUCAAGGCACUGAAGCUUUCUGAUUCAUUCAUGGAUCUCUACCGCACUAACAAUUUUAUGGGAGAGAAGUUGAGGGAGAAAAACCUAUCAUGGGUGGAUAUUUUUGAAGAAAUACCUAUCAAAGUUUCAAAUUCUGCACUUAUCAGUGCCUUUAUGACUGAGCUGGAAGCUGAUACACCUGUUGUCCAGUGUGAUUACGACCGCCUGCAAUUAUCCACAAGCCCAUUUCUGGAGAGGAAUAUGGAAUUUCUCAUUGAAUGCAUGGAUGAUUUGUCAAUGGAACAGCAGAAGUUCCAAUACUAUUACAGGAACCUGUCACGUCAGCAAGCCCAACAGCAAGCAUGGAUCCAAAAGAGAAGAGUGGAGAAUAUGGCACGAAAGGCCGCAGGAGAUGAACCUCUACGAGAGGAUCCUUCAAACCCCGUUUUCAAGCCAUUACCCGAGCCUUCACGUUUGGAUAGCUUUCUCAUAACAAAUCAGAUCUCAAACUACUGCAACCAAAUUAAUGGGGUUACUGGCCAGAGCUUCAGCAGAUUAUAUUUGACGAAGGCGUUGCACGAGAAUUGAAGUAAUGCAGUGUUUCAAAUGUUAGUCGUAAGGAGAAUUAACUUUCCUGUUCUGUUGUUCUACCUGUAUAAGAUGAUGAACAUUUAGAGAUUUUCUUGAAUUCAAUUUUACGAAUCAGUCAAGUUUUGAGCAAUAUUUAUGCCUUUAAACCCGGAUGUAAGAUGAUGCUGGUCGUUUUCUAUCUGAUUCCGUUUCCUUUA